AUUGGAGAAGCGCGUCACACGAAGCUCCGAAAACACCAGAAUCACAGCCCUGAUUCCAAAUCGUUGUCGUCUCUCUGUAUAGAACGCGUCAAGCCAUCUAUCAUCUAUUACCCUCACCGCCUGAUAGAUAUCCCAUCAACAACCAUGUCCGACGUCGUUGCCAAUCCCCAAACAACGGCGGUCGGUGAGUCCAAGAGCGCCCGCAAGAAGAAGGCGAAGGCAGGAGUUGCAGCUCCAGCCGUGCCUGUUCAGGAGAAGACAUCCUCGGAGGUCGGAAGCGUCGAACCUGGCAAGACUAACGGUGUUGAUGGUGGCGAAAACUCCUACAUCAAGGAGCUUCAGAAGCAAAUCCGCAACAUCAACAAGAAACUCAAUGCUAUGCAAAAGGUCGACGCCAUCAUUGAAGCCAACCCCGGGGUGUCUCUGGACGACCUCGUCGCGUCCCGCAAGAUCAAUGCCGACCAGCGCGCUUCUGCACUGAAGAAACCGACACUUCAAGCCCAGCUGCAGCAGAUUGAGGAGCAGAUCACACAAUACAAGAAGUUUGCUCAGGAGUAUGAAGACAGAAUUGCCCGCCAGAAGGAGCAGCUCCAGGCAGCACACCAGGAAGAACUCGACAAGCUGAGGGAGACACUAAAGGAGGAGGCGGCUCAAGAGUCGAGGAAAGCAUUCCGUGAGAAGCUGCUCACUCUAUCUCGCUUCCUCAUGGCAGCUGCGACUCGCCGCCAGACCGAGGAGGGUGGGGAGCUCUCCGAAGCGUUCGAGGGUGCUUUGUUGGCGGUCUAUGGAGGCGAUGCAGCUGCCGUUACCGCGAUGGAGAAUAUCACGGAGGGCACGGAGGACACAGUCGUCUCUACACAGGGCGUGCCGUUGACCAUCACCUUCGCCCAGGUCAAGCAGGCAUCUCUUGCGGAGGCUCCCUUCGCCGCAGAAGAGGCGUGGGUUGACGAUGUAGCACAGUCGCAGGCGGCUCCCCCCGAAGCGGAGGAGACGACGGCUGAAGCUCCUACGGAGAUCAUUGCUGAGGGCCAGCAGACUGGUGGCGCCGCAGCAGACACAGAAGUACCGAGCGCUCCCGCGGUCACCAGCGUCGAUGCAGGCGCCGCGAACCCGGCGGCAGAAGAGCAAUGGGACAAACCCGCUUCCGGCACCGACGAGCCCCUUGCCGAAUCUUUUGAGAUGGUACCGCGCGACCCUUCGGAAACUGAGACGCCGGCGGCUGCCGCCCCGGUGAGCAGCGUGCAGAGUUGGGCUGACGAUGCCCAGGAGGCGCCUGCUGGUGCUCCUGCUACGACGGCACCCAACGACGGCUUCUCCGAGGUGCAUCACCAUCGUGGUGGCAGAGGGCGGGGUGGCUUCCAUGGUGGUUACAGAGGACGUGGUGGACCUCGUGGUGGGGAUGGACGGGGCCGUGGUGGGCGUGGUGGACGUGGUCGUGGCGAUUUCCGUGGUGGUCGUGGGGGCUUUAGGGCAGCCCCACGUGGCGGUGAAUUGCAGCCCCAGCAGCAGUAGAUGCCGCAGUCUGCGCAGUGUCACUUUAGCACUUCAACAUGAUGAGGGGGAACGGCUUACUGGUGGGUUGCCAUAAUCUCUUAGAAGUCUCUUCUUUCCCGUCAUAUCAUGUCAUACCAACCAACAACUUCUGGAGCAUCUUGCGGCAAAGAGGAGGGAGAUGCAUAGGGAGAAGAUCAUUACAUGUUUGUGAAAAAACACUGUCUCAUAUCUCUGUGCAUAGCAAUGGAGCAUUGGGAUGCAUUUUUGGGUCUCAUGGAUUGCAUCAACCGUUUAUCUUUCUUCCAGCCAGAGGUCCACCGGGAGAUGGAGGAAAAGUAUGAAUGUAAAUGAUUUGAUCCCUCCUCACUAUCUGUGUUGUCUACUUGUACAUCUAUA